ACCUUAACAGCCAUCAUUCACUGCCUUCCCAUCGUCUCAAUAAUUUGGGUAGCUCAGUAAACACACGGAUUGGCUCUAACCAACAGUUUUUGAGCAAGUUGUAUUCAAUUUAUUCGUUGCGAUAAAACCGAAAAAAAGACCGAAUUUUGUUCAACGGUCAAAGUAAAACAACAAUUUCUAGCACAGCGUAAUUUAUCGUAUCAAACUCACCAUGAAGGCACACAUAAAUAAGAAAUUAUUAGUACUUUUAUUAUGCUUGGGAUUCGCUCUUGCCGCUGGACAUAAAAAGCGAGAUGCACCAUUUGCAUCACCAAAUCGUCAAUAUUUGCCACCUCAACAAUCGUCGUCGGGACAGCAGCCCAGCACUCAAUACGGUGCUCCAAAUCAAGGAUCAGGUGGUUUUGGUGGAAAUCAGGGAGGUUUUGGCGGUAGUGGCGGAUUCGGACAGCAGCCCAGCACCCAAUACGGUGCUCCAAAUCAAGGAUCAGGUGGUUUUGGUGGAAAUCAGGGAGGUUUUGGCGGUAGUGGUGGAUUUGGACAGCAGCCCAGCAAUCAAUAUGGCCCACCUAGUCAAGGUGGAAGCAGCAGCAGCAGCAGCUAUAUUCCACCACCAUCAGGAAACUUCCCACCACAAAACGGAGGAGGUAGCGGCAAUUUUGGACAACAACCACCUUCGGUGCAACAACAAUAUGGUGCACCACCAUCAUCACAAGGCAGCUUUGGAGGUAGUUUCGGUCAAGGAUCUGGCUCAGGUGCCGGAGGAUAUCCAGGAUCAGGCAGACCAGGUGGCCAAGGAGGAUACCCAUCUCAACCAUCAAAUCCAAUUCAAGGAUCAGGCAGCUUCGGUGGGAAUCAGGGAGGUUUCGGUGGCAGUGGCGGAUUCGGACAACAACCAUCACAACAAUAUGGACCCCCAAGAGGAGGAUCACCAGGCGGAUACCCAUCUCAACCAUCAAACCAGUAUGGUGUUCCAAAUCCAAAUCAAGGAUCAGGCAGCUUCGGUGGAAAUCAGGGAGGUUUCGGCGGUAGUAGCGGAUUUGGACAACAACCACAAGCUCCAAGACAAACAUUCUCACCACCAGCUACUAGCUACGGAAUUCCAGACCGUACAUCACCAGGAUUGGCUCCACCAGCACCUUCAGGCGGCUAUGCUGGCGUACCUCAACAACAACAGGGAUCAGGAUUCGGAGGUGGUGUUCCCCCAAGCAGCUACGGCGCACCUAAACAACAGCAACAAGGACCCGGAUUUGGAACCCCAUCUGGUAGCUAUGGUCCGCCCCAGCAAUCUUCAUCGCCAGGAUUUAGUCAAGGUGGCUCAAAUGGUUACAGUUCAGGACGACCAGCGAAUGGUCAUGGAUUUGGUGGAUCACAAGGAGGAUUCGGUGGAAGCGGAGGUCACGGUGGCAGCCAUGGUUAUCCAUCAGGUAGACCAGGAGGUCAAGCUCCAUCGCAACAAGGCGGCGGCAGUUUCGGACAACAACCACCAACCCAACAGUACGGGCCACCACAACCUCAACAAGGCGGUUUUGGUGGCGGUCAUGGUUCUGGCUCUGGCUCUGCUGGAGGUUAUCCAUCAGGACGACCUGGAGGAAGCGGUCAAGUGCCUCCAACAAUUUCACAGCAGUAUGCGCCAAACGGCGGCUACCAAUACUAAACGGUCGAUCGCUUCAAUAGUUGCAUUUGGUUUCUUUUAAAAUUAUAGUUUUCAAAACACGAACAAACCGACAAAAAAAACCAAUCAAACAAACCGAACGAAAAAAAUGCUGCUACCAUUUUAUGUUAUGCACUUGACGACCACGACCACACAACGAUCGGAGGCAUGCGAAAAGAAACUGAAGUAUAAUUUUAAUCAUAAGUGCCUUAUUCGACAUUAACUGCUGAUCCAUUGGCUUCUUUUAACGUAUAUCAAACUUCUUGCUCUCUCUCCUUGAUUCCGCAACGCCCUCACUCUCUCUCUCCCUUUUCUCACUAUGUCUCAUUGCUCCGCUUUUAUCAGCUAACAAACAGCAAUCAACGAUCAACCGACCAGGAAACGACAAACCAGCCGCUGGUAUGAACGGGAAAAACAAUCUCCAUUUGUAUUUAAAUUAUUUUAUGUUUCAUAUUUCAUGUUUUAAUUUUUGUGAAUUAUUCAUUAGCGCAUACGUGAAAUUUCUCUCAAUUUUACGAAUCUCUGAUUGAUAAUUUUUUUUUUUUUGAACAAAAGUUUUGAAUGAAAAAAUUGUACAAAUAUAAAUUUUAUUGUAUAUUAUUAUGCUCUAACUGUUUUUACAAAAUGAAAAAAAAAAUGGUGAAAAACAAACAAAAAUACUCAAUGAAAUAAAAAAAAAAUUAUAUUGAUGAUGAAAACCACAAGA